CUAAGAACAUCAAGAUUUUUCUUUAUUAAAAAAAACAUGAAUCACUUCAUAUGCUCUCCACGUGUGCACGUCUUAUUCGACACAUGUAUUUUCAUAUCUCCUUUUUCUCUCUCUCCAUUUUAUUUUAUUUUAAAAAAUCAAAUCUAAUUUUUACCUCUCACUUUUUUCAAAUAACAAAAUAAAAAAAUUAUUAAAUUAAAAAAAUAACACAAUACUGACCGGAACAAAUUCCUGCGAAUAUCUUCACCGGAACUUCCAUUUUCACUUUUAGAGAGAGAAAAUUAGUGCUUAGAGAGAGAAAGUAAAAAUACUCUGCAAAUCAAUUACCCCACAAAAAUUCAGAAUUAGGGUUCAUUUAAUCUUCAUUCAGCUCAAAAUUAGCUCAAAAAAGAUUUAAUUUUUAAUUUACUUAUAAAAGAUUCAAACUUUGCUUUUAGAAUUUUUUCUACAAUAAUCCCACUAAAAUUUCAACCCUCUUUUUAUUUUUAAUCUUUUUUUUUUGUAGCUUCAAGUGUAAGUUUCUCUGUUCUUUUUGCUACCCUUUUUCCUCCCCACAAUUUUGCUUCCAUUUUCGGGUACUAAGAAACUUCAAGUUCAAUCAAGAAAUUUCAAGAAAAAGAAUAGUAUAAUAGUAUUAAGGGGGUUGUUUGUUUGUUAUUUUGGUAAUUUCCAAAAAAAAAUCAACAUUUGACUAUUCAGGAGAGAGAGAAAAUUUGGGUUUUUAUGGGGUUGAUAAACCCCGGAUUCUUCUUUUGAUGCAACAUUAAAAGGUUUAUUUUUAAAAAAUUAGUUUGAUUUUUUUGGGUUUUUCUGGGGAUUUUUUUUUUUUUUUUUUUUUUUUUUUUGAAAUGAGGCAUUCAGGGAUUAUUUGAGAAAAUUAAUUGAAGAGUAUGAGUAUUGGAAGAGAAGAGAAUGAUUGUGGGUCAAACAACCCGAAUUCUAGAAACGGGUCGAUCACCGGUUCACUUGAUGAGAGUCUUCUGGUUGACCCGAGGUUGUUGUUUAUUGGGUCCAAAGUUGGGGAAGGAGCUCAUGGCAAGGUUUAUGAAGGCAGAUAUGGUGACAGAAUUGUGGCUAUUAAAGUUCUUAACCGUGGGAGUACUACUGAUGAGAGGGCUUUGCUUGAAAGCCGCUUUAUACGGGAGGUUAACAUGAUGUCUAGAGUUAAGCAUGAGAACCUCGUCAAGUUUAUCGGAGCUUGCAAAGACCCAUUGAUGGUUAUAGUUACAGAAUUGUUACCAGGCCUAUCAUUGCGGAAGUACUUGAACAGUCUUCGUCCAAAUCAGCUAGAGCUAGAUGUGGUGUUGAGUUAUGCACUUGACAUUGCUCGUGCAAUGGACUGUCUGCAUGCUAAUGGAAUCAUACACAGAGAUUUAAAGCCUGAUAAUUUGCUGCUUACUGCCAAUCACAAGUCUGUGAAGCUAGCAGAUUUUGGUCUUGCGAGAGAAGAAACUCUGACCGAGAUGAUGACUGCAGAAACUGGGACGUAUCGCUGGAUGGCUCCUGAGUUGUACAGCACAGUCACUUUACGCCAAGGAGAAAAGAAGCAUUACAACAACAGGGUAGAUGUGUACAGUUUUGGAAUUGUCCUGUGGGAGUUGUUGACUAAUCGCAUGCCUUUUGAAGGAAUGUCCAAUUUACAAGCUGCAUAUGCUGCAGCAUUUAAGCAAGAGAGACCAAAAAUUCCAGAUGAUAUAGCCCCAGAACUUGCAUUCAUCAUACAAUCAUGUUGGGUCGAAGACCCUAACUUACGGCCUAGCUUCAGUCAGAUUAUCCGCAUGUUAAAUCAAUAUCUCUUUACACUCCAACCACCAGCACCUCCUCCACAGACGUGCUUGCCAGAAUCAGAGGCCAAUCAGGCUGCUUCAACAAGUAAUGGUGCCAUUACCGAGUUCUCAGCACGUGCUAGGGGGAAAUUCUCAUUCAUUCGCCAACUUUUUGCUGCUACAAAGAGGACAAGGAACUUGCAAUGAAGAAAAUCGGGUAAAAUUUUGUGUUGAAACAUUCAAUAGACGGUUAUUUUCUUCUCUUCCUCUUUUUUGUGUAAUAUCUUUUGAUUAGUUGGAGAACUUGAUGAUUAGCUCAGGAUGAUUAUUGAAAGAGAUAGCAUGUUAGUGAGGGAACAUGUUCUUGUUCAGAAAUAAAGGAAAUACACAAGUUGUCAAUAUUACACCAACGUCCACUUCAUUGUAAAGAAAAUAUGUAUGGCUUGAUCAAUUUGUUGCUCGGCAAGACUCAUUUAGAGUGUUGGAUGUGGAGUAGUGCCGUAAUGAGAUGAUUUAUACACGUAUAUAUCCUUCUAUGUGGCUUGUUUCA